AUGGCAGCCCUUCUUAUCGCACCACCGCGGACCCCAAGCCCAAAGGUCCGCAUACGCUCACAGUCAUUCUCUUUCGACUCGCCCUCAUCGAUCACUAGACUCAAUGCCACCACUCCUAUCGAAGAAUUGCCGUUCUCCAAAUCGACCGGCAGCAUCAACAUCAACAAGGCAGUGCCGCAACACCAUGUUCUCUUACCACUUAGAAUCAAGAUGAGCGAAGACUCGCUCUCAGACUCCUCGAGUGCCAUGUCAAUCUCCACAGCGAGCUCCCCCACUACAUCCGAGCACGACACCAGCCUGCACGACGCACCGGAAGACGAAACCAACGACCGAUUGACGGAUCUACCAGAAGGCAAUCUCCUCCAUCUCUUCGAAACCGCAAAAGCGCCCCAGCGUUCCGACGCACUGAACUCUCACCCGCCGCGCUCCACGUCCCCUCGCUCCCUUUCCUCGCGCCCGCUCUCGCCUCCGUCCUACUCCCCGUCUAAGCGCCCCCGCCUCUCACCCCACGCCCUGCGUCUCCCAACGCCUGACCCCUCGCUCACAGGUCCUGUCUCACCCUUUGCUUUCCAGGACCCAGAGUCGAGCAUGACUAGUCCGUGGCUUGUGCGAAUGGUGCUGGACUUGCAUGACGUGAAGGGUGUGUGUUGGAUGGAUGUCGCGAGUGUGGUGGAGAGGGUAUAUGGCGUGCAGACUAGGAGUGAGGAGGUAUUGGGAAUUUUGAGCGGAAACGGGAGGGUUAGGAGAGUGUGGUGGGACUGA